AACAGACUUUAGCUCCGCCCAUUACGUGAGCACGCACGCUGCGUCAGGACGACAGGAGAAGGCAUUUCACAGCAGCGCCAUUUUGCUGAAGAAGAGUUCAAGCGCGCGGUCAGGAGAAGAAUAACGACGUCGAAAGAGAAACUACAAAUUAAAAUACCAUCCCAUCAUGCAUCGCGACUGCCCGUUGGACUGUAAGGUGUACGUAGGGAAUCUUGGGAACAAUGGGAAUAAAUCGGAGCUGGAGAGAGCCUUCGGUUAUUACGGGCCUUUGCGCAGCGUCUGGGUGGCCAGGAAUCCCCCCGGCUUCGCCUUCGUCGAGUUUGAGGACCCGAGGGACGCCACAGACGCUGUGAGAGAGCUGGACGGCAGGACUCUGUGCGGUUGCCGUGUGAGGGUCGAGCUAUCCAAUGGGGAGAAGCGAUCCCGUAACCGAGGCCCACCGCCGUCCUGGAGCAGACGCCCACGUGACGAUUACCGCCGCCGAAGCCCGCCUCCCAGGCGCAGAUCCCCCCGCAGGAGGAGCUUCAGCCGCAGCCGCAGCAGAUCUCUUUCUCGUGACCGCAGAAGGGAGAGAUCUCUGUCUCGUGACAGGAACCACAAACCGUCUCGCUCCUUCUCCAGAUCCAGAAGUCGCUCUCGGUCGAAUGACAGGAAGUGAGACAAAGAUGAGAUCCUUGAUUAUGGACGUCUCGUGUAAAGAUCAUCGUCUUUUAAACUCCAGCGUUAUGGACUCUGACUCGGACACCCUACUUCAUUAGCCUUUUCUUUAUUUUCCUUAUUUUAUAAAGAGAUCAGAUGUUUUAGAGCGGUUAUGUUUCUCACCCGUGUGUGUGUGUGUGAGCGAGAGAGAGAGAGUGUGUGUGUGUGUGAGCGCGAGAGAGAGAGAGAUGCAGAGCUUCGUUUCUCAGCUGUCACCAUUCCGUCGCCGAUCAUUUUUAAAAUCGUUUGGGUUUAUAUAUAUCUAUUUUCCCUCCUCGGUCCUGCAUGGUCAUGUGAAUGUAACGAGCAGUUCCUCCUACACGUGUUUUUCAGCAGGAGAUGUGAAGUGAACUUUUUUGUUUGUUAGUUUUUGUUUAAUGGCGUUAGGAAUCCUCUCUGUGAAUUCGUCGUGAGCUUGAGAUGGGAAACUGUACGGCACUAUGAAGAAAUGUUUUUCCCCUUCCGUUUUUUUUUUUUCUUCUCCCCUCCUCUAUAGUGUUUGUACUGUUUGUAAUGUUCAUCUAAAAUAAAAAAACUGGUUUCAGAA